AUGCUUGUUUCAGAGCCUAAUAUAGACGAAUUGGUCGUUUUCGGAAAACUGGGCAACAAGAACAAGCCAAUUCCUAAUUCCUCCAAACAACUAAUCGGUCGAGAGAUUGAAUUGAUUAAACUGCGAGGCUUCGAAACCAAUAAACCCGCUACCGACAACAAAAUUCCAGAAAAAAAGAUGGAAGUGGAUAAAGAACUGUCAGUUCCAAACCAUUUGAAAACUUUACAGUUCAAACAGGCACCAAAAAAGAAUUCGUCUUGUAUCAGUUUGCGGACCACUUUAAGGGUUCUCGCAGACCACUUUUGGUCCGCGGACUACCGGUUGGGAACCACUGGUCUAAUACCUCAUCGGGAGAUACCCGAAUGUUGA